CUUUCAACAGCAGCAACAGUUAGUCAGCCACCUCGGUAGCUUGCUAGACAAAAUAGCAGAACCAAUAAAUCUAUUUAGACGCUUUAGUGUAUAUUAGCCACUGUGUUUUAAACCCACUUCCUUCGUCUAGUUAGUUAUCCGAUUUAAUUUCAUAUUUACGGUGUUGUUGUUAUUAGUCAGUUAGCGGGCUGGUUAAUUUAGCAUUAGCCUCGCUAGCUAACAUUCCCGACCAUGAGCUCACUAAGGUUCUCCCCUCCUGCUGAAGAAGAGGAGGUCUGCUGGACGGAAAAAGAGGGACUGUGGCUGAACGUUGUUGUGAAAGAGGAGGCAGAGGAGGAUGUCACAAUACAAAAACAAGUGGAGGGUGAGGCUGUUACAGUGAAAGAAGAAGAGAAAGACGUUUCAGUUAAAGAAGAGGAAGACGCGUUCAGAGUGAAAGAGGAAGAGGAUGUUACAGUAAAAGAAGAGGAGGAAGAGGAUGAUGCAUGUUUUCGAGUGAAAGAGGAGGAGGGGGAGAUGACUGUCACAUUGAAAAAAGAGGAGGAAACUGGAUAUCUGGGCUCGGUUUCCCAAAGGCAUGUUAAGGCAUCCAAUGGUUCUAAAGUUGAACGGGCCCUGAUUAAUACUAGAGAGAGACGGGACUAUCGUGGAUCCUCUGGGGAGUCGACAGGAGAGAGAUGUGAGUAUCCUGGGUCCUCUGGGGAGUCUCAACAACAACAUGACGCUGAAGAGGCAGAGAAGAGUCUCUUCAGAUCAGAACACCUCAAGAAACACCAGCAGAGACCCACAUUGACGAAUCCUUACUGCUGCUCUGACUGUGAGAAGAAUUGCAAAUCUUCAUCAGAACUUAAAAUACACCAGAGAAUCCACACAGGAGAAAAGCCGUACCACUGCUCUCAUUGUGGAACGAGUUUCUCUAGAUCAUAUUCAUUGAAAACACACCUGCUAAUUCACACAGGAGAGAAAUCUCAUAGCUGUACUCAAUGUGGAAAGAGUUUUACUACAUCUUCCAAUCUGACUAAACACCAGAAAACACACACAACAGAGAAACCUUAUAGCUGUGAUCAAUGUGGGAAGAGUUAUGUUACAUCUAGCUAUCUGACUUUACACCAGAGAACACACACAGGAGAGAAAUCUUACAGCUGUGAUAAAUGUGAUAAGAGUUAUGUUACAUCUAGCUCUCUGACAGUACACCAGAGAACACACACAGGAGAGAAACCAUUUAGCUGUAAUCAAUGUGGGAAGAGUUUUACUACAUCUAGCUCUCUGAAGGUACACAAGAGAACACACACAGGAGAGAAACCCUGUAGCUGUACCCAAUGUGGAAAGAGUUUUACUCGGUCAAGCUCACUGCAAAUGCACCAGAGAAUACACACAGGUGAGAAACCAUAUAGCUGUAAUCAAUGUGGGAAGAGUUUUACUCAGCCAAAUGGACUGAUAUUACACCAGCGCACACACACAGGAGAGAAACCAUAUAGUUGUACUCAAUGUGGGAAGAGUUUUAUACAGGCAAGCUGCUUGAAAGUACACCUGAGAACGCACACAGGAGAGAAAUCUUAACACUGCUCUGACUGCGACAAGAGUUUUGUUAGCUUAAGUGAUUUAAAAUCGCACUAGAGAACACAUAAACAGGAGAGAACCCUUAUAGCUGUGAUCAAUGUGACAAAUGAUACUUUGAUAAAAGAUCUCUGAUCAGACAUCAGAAAAUACAUACAUGAAAAAGUUGUUUUAAUAAUGUCACAAUGUAGAACCUAAACGUUUGUCCCCUGUUCUAUUGAUUUCAGCGUGAUAUGGAUAUUAGCCUCACGGAAAAAUCCAGGCUCUGAAUUGAUAGAGUACUAUUUAUAUGAUUUAACAAAAAGUGACUAACACAAAAAGAGUUGUUACAUUUACCACGUUGGUGACCCACUUGAAUCAAAAUGCAACACUUCAAAAUGUACAGUUGAAGUCGGAAGUUUACAUACACCUUAGCCA